AUGAGUCAAUCAAGGAUUCUGGACCGGCUCUCGGCACUCGACACCAACACAGUUUCAGAUGCCCUGGACUUCCUGGGCCUGAAAGGAGCAACAUACGGCUUACAGCCGCUCUGGGACUGUUCAAAGAUAGUUGGUCGCGCAAGCACUGUCAAAGUCGGACCCAAAACCGAUGUUGCUCCCGCGAAGCAUCUCCUCACACCAGUCAUUGACGCGGUAACUACAGACGACCGCAUUCUGGUCAUCUCAGGUGGCUUGGAGGGCGUCUCAUGCUGGGGUGAUAUUAUAGCGAAUGCCUCGAAGAUGAAGGGUAUUCGCGGAACCGUCAUUGACGGCAUGAGUCGUGACAUUGAUGGUAGCCGUGAUGUCGGUUACCCUGUUUACGGCCGAGGCGUGACCAUGAUCAGCGCCCGCAACCGUGUUGUUCAAUAUGAUUCUGGAAUUCCACUGGAGAUGCGAGGUGUUACGGUGAAUCAGGACGACUACGUGAUCGCGGAUAGAUGUGGCACAGUGUUCGUCCCAGCCGAGCGUAUUGAAGAGGUCCUCAAUCUGGGCGAGCGUAUCGACAAACGUCAGAACCUGAUGGUUCAGGCCGUUCGCGCAGGACAUCCUGUCUCCGAGGUCAUGCAUGAUUCACAAUUCGAGGCCAUUCGCUCGGAUACUUCGUCCCCUUCUGACGGUCCUGCCGCUUCAUCUUUGUCUUCUUCUCGCAAUCCGAAGCAAGCCAGUAUUGAGGACCAGGAGCUGGUUGCGCUAUUUGCCGACUCAGAUACGCCGGGUGUCUCUGAUGCACUCGACAAACUUGGAAUCUCCGGCCAGGCAUUUGUUAUCAUGCCGUUGGCCGACUACAGCAAGGUCACAGUGGGCCCGGCCUUCACAGUUCGCUACGUGCCAGCUAGUGAUCCACCAGGCAGCGUCGGUGACUUCAUCGACGAUGUGGCCGUUGGAGAUGUUGUCGUGAUCGACAACGGUGGUCGGACAGAUUGCACUGUGUGGGGCGAUAUUAUGACCCAGUAUGCCGGCAUACGGGGAAUCGCUGGAUCUGUCAUUGAUGGUGUUUGCCGUGAUGUGAAUCGUGCGCUCACCGAUGAUUUUCCACUUUUCACUGCUGGGCGUUGGAUGCGGACGGGUAAAGAUCGUGUCCAGGUUGGAGGCGUGAAUGAGGCGAUUGGCAUUGGCAAGGUGCGGGUCGUUCCACGCGACAUUGUUGUUGCCGAUGCAAAUGGUGUUGUCAUCGUGCCGCGGGAUCGAGCUCGUGAGGUGGCUGAAGUCGCAAGAAGUGUUGAGCAGAAGGAAGCUGGGAUUCGCAAAAUGAUUGCUAAUGGGGCUACCAUUUCUGAGGCGCGAGAGCAGCUCGGUUAUCAUACCCUUCAGCGUAAGGCGUAA